AUGGAUGGAGAAGAGUGUGCCGAAUGUGGCUCGACGGAUUUUCACGAUGAAGAUGGUAGAAUCUUCUGUGCGGGGGGACACGACCAAGGUCGGGGACUUGCAACUGCCGCGGACGACGCAGAUUUUGGGCGCCAGGGCACUGUGGUGAGGAAGAAGGAGGUCAAACGGAAGCAAAAGAUAUCCAAAGGUAUGCAACGGCAAGUGACUCGGAAUGUCAUCCACGAAGCCCUUCAGCGUCAGACCAGAUAUUUGCUCAUGAAAGUCGAACAGUACUUCGUGGGACCAAGGCGUACCAACUCUUUCUUCAAUCAUGGCAAUUUAUCCUAUGGAAGCAAUGCUACGCCCUCGUCCAUCAAAAAGGACUACCGCCAGAAUUAUGGGUAUGUCAUAACACAGGCUAUAAGUUCUGUGGACUGCCACCGUUCUGUGCAUUUCUCUCUAACAAUAACCCAGGCAAUUGUGCGGGACUUGUGGACAUUGUGGCUCUCGAAGCUAGAACAUCGGCUCGGUGAUAGCCUCGCAGAUACAAAGGACAAAGAGGACACGACCGCAAGCUCUGGUAAUGAGACGGACAUCGACCCCGAUGUCGAUGAGAAGGAUGAGCCUCUCAGGAGGACUAAGUCAGCACACAGCUAUCCUACACUCGUUGAUACGAUAGCCAUGAAUUAUCUGGGGAUCGUCAUGCUAAGAAGGCCGAUUGGACUGGCUAAAAUCCUGAAAUGGAUAGUUGAAGAAGACAUUCCAUUCAUCCGCGCGAUCAGACAUGUCCCGCAGGACAUGAAAGACCGCCUGCCGGGAGAGUAUCACCAGGCAUUGGAUACAAUGCACCUGUUGGGACCUGAUGACCUUCAAAAAGCUGUUUAUCAUCGCGCGAGAUGGUACGAUACCUCCUUUGACAUGAUAAUGCCACCGAUCAACCGGAAUCUCAUCCUUUUCAGCUACAUUCGUCAACUCGCUCUGCCACUCGAGGUCUACAGCGCCGCUCUCCGGCUAAACAUCGUUACAAAGUAUGAUUUUUGCUACGCUGACCCUACAAAGUCAUCGCAGACAACAAGGCGUCAGCCAACAACGUAUCCAGAGAGCCAACUCAUCGCUCUCGUCGUUGUUGCCACAAAGUUUCUCUUCCCGUUCGACUCGGAGACCGUGAAGCGCUAUCCACAAGAUCCUAAUGAUCCAACGACGCUGCAUGUGAAUUGGCCGGCCUGGCUGGAAGCCAAAGCGAACUUUAACAAGCAGACCGCGGCUGGCGACGACCACAAUGCCCUCAAACCAGGCUCUGAAAUUCACGUUACCGACAACGACGUUCUCGACAUGACGGACCAACAACUGGACCAAUACAUGGACUGGUACCAACAGACGUGGAUCACAGGGAAACAUGCCGCGCAUUCAGAUCAAGCAAAAGAACAAGGCAUCGAGAAGGAUAUCCUCGACAUGUUCCCCCUUCACGACGUCCCUGAGCGCGUAAAGACACUGGCAGAGAACAGGAAGGCCGACGAGGAAGAGGAUUCCCGACUCCGUGCGCGAAUUGUCGAGGUCCAGUCCUCUCUGAAGUCACGACGAGCCAUUUCUCUCGAAGAGGAGAGUGAGCGCGGCUUGGACAUUCUCCGCCCUGGGUCUCGAUACCCGCGAUACCCCAAGAUCGAGGACCUAGACAGGGAGCCAGAUGGUGGGGCCGUGGUGAAGGCGUUCCACGAAGAAGCGGCCGAGACGGCUUGUUUGAGCGUCAAGGCUCUCUUGCUCGCCGUGAACCGCACCGAGGAGAAAGUAGAACAGUGGCUUGUGGAUAGGAGACGGGAAGAGGUGUUUGGCGAAGGAAUGGACCCGGGUAAAGGUGAAGGUGGUGGCGGCAACGGAGCACCCCUAGAUGCCGAUGAAGACAUGGACUUCCACCCGGAGACGAGUCCUCCCGGGAAGCUGGCGAGAGAGAUGGAGGGCUUGGAAAUUGGGCAGUCACCCAAUGUCGAAGAGAGCCUCGAAGAAGUAGUUGACACGGAAAUGUCCCUAUACUCGUGA